UCAUAAAAUUCUUUGGCCAAUAGUAAUGGGGUACUUUGAUAUCUCCAUCCUCCUGUUUCCCUUGGUUAUCUUUUGCUACUUCUUUCACGACAAAAACGGGCUCCCAACUAAUUGGCCAUUCUUUGGGAUGAUUCCCGCACUCCUUAAAAAUAUCCAUAGAAUUCAUACCUAUUUCAUUGAAGUUAUGGAGAAAUCUCACAUGACCUUCGUUUUUGAGGGUCCUUGGUUCACCAACAUGCAUAUUUUAGCUACCGUAGAUCCCGCCAACAUUCACCAUGUUAUGAGCAAGAACUUUGGGAAUUAUCCCAAAGGCUCCAAAUUUAAUGAAAUUUUUGAUGUUCUUGGAGAUGGCAUUUUCAACACAGAUUCUACAGUGUGGCAAUACCAUCGAAAAAUGGCUCAAUCUUUCCUCAGUAACCCAAAGUUCCAUCAGUUUUUGAUCAAGAAAACUUGGGAUAAAGUGGAGAAUGGACUUAUCCCAAUCCUUGAUCAUGUCUCUAAGCAUGCUAUCGAAAUUGACUUGCAAGAUUUGUUUGCAAGAUUCACGUUUGAUACAAUAUGUACCAUAGUCAUGGACCAUGAUCCAAUAUCCCUAUCAAUCGAUUUUCCUAGUGUUCCUGCCAUUAAGGCUUUGGACGACACUGAAGAAGCCAUCUUUUAUCGUCAUGUAGUGCCAACUUGUGUUUGGAAAUUUCUAAGGUGGUUAGAUGUAGGAGAGGAAAAUAAGCAUAGGAAAGCUUGGCAAAUCCUUGAUACUUUCAUCUACAAAUACAUAGCUAUGAAAAGAGAAGAAUUGAGUAAUGGAAGAACACCGAAGAAUAAGGAAGAUACUGAGUUGAGUACCGAUCUUUUAACAUUGUAUAUAGAACAAGAGCAAAACCAGAAAGUUCUAGUUGACAGUCAAGGAGAUAAGUUUUUAAGGGAUACAAUUUUGAAUUUUUUCAUAGCUGGACGAGACACAACUAGUGCUACAUUGUCUUGGUUCUUUUACCUUCUCUCAACAAACCCACAAGUCAAUUCUAAGAUUAAAAAGGAGUUAGACAAUAUCAAUGUAUUGAUGAAUAAUGAGAAGUACUUUAGAGAGGUGAAUAGUAAGUUAGUGUAUCUUCAUGCUGCCUUAUGUGAAGCUUUAAGAUUAUACCCCCCAGUUGUUUUCCAAGCUAAGUCCCCUAUUGAGUCGGAUAUGCUCCCAAGCGGCCACCACGUAGAUCGAAACAGCCAAAUCAUAUUCAACUUGUAUGCGAUGGGAAGGAUGAAAUCGUUAUGGGGAGAAGAUUGCUAUGAGUUUAAGCCAGAGAGAUGGAUAUCUGAACAAGGGAAGAUUAGGCAUGAGCCAUCAUACAAAUUUUUGGCCUUCAAUGCAGGGCCAAGGACUUGUCUAGGGAAAGACAUGGCUUUCACCCAAAUGAAGCUUGUUGCUGCCACUAUAAUCCAAAAUUAUGUUAUUGAAGCUGUAGAAGAACAUCAUGUUGUUCCUAGUAUCUCUAUAAUUCUUCACAUGAAGUAUGGGUUUAAGGUUAGAGUACUCCGCUGUCAAUGACUAUCAAGUAUAAUUAUCGAGUAUUUCGAGUAAUCUGUAUAUAGAUGUAAUUGUAAUGUUACGAAAUCAUAAGAAUAUUAUACUUCUAUUUAUGACUUGUCA